ACAUCAGGCGUUCUAAUACAAAACUAUUUUAUUCCUUUAAUUCGCGGAAGAAGCCGUUGAUUGAUAUGGAAAAUGUUAAAUGUAUCCAUACGUCAAGCAUAGACAUGUGCAAGACAACGUGGGAGGGUGAUCGGGCUAAAUAUUAAUGCGAAACUUUGAUAGGUUAUGUCUAUGAAUAACCUAAUAAUAUUGUAUUAUUCUUGUUUCACGAUCAAUUGCGAGUUUUAUUACUGAGAAAGGAGUUAAACUGCGAUAUGGGAAAAACAACUUUAUUGAGGAACUUAUAAUUACAAACGGAAGAACUUGAUGGUUUGCCAUUCAGUCGAAGGAAAGGAUGAGACCCUCAAGUCCAACUUACACCUAUUGGUUUUUAUUAUUUUCCAAGACAUCAAGGCGCUGCAACAACUGGUAGCACCGCCAAAAGAUGAUUCAGAUUCUGAAGAUGAUCUGCCCCAAGCCGGUGCUAGAAAAUUGGGACCUGGAGAUAUUGGUGCACCGAAAGGAACCUUGCAGGAGCAUGUGGGACCUCACGCUCCACUUAAGGGUGAUGGCGAUGAAAUUUGGCAUUCAUCAGAAAUAAACGCAGCCCCAAAAACCGAAAUUCUUGAUCCUCGAGCAGUCCCAGAAUAUGAGAUGAAAUUUAAGCAAUCAGUUAGUCCUGAGGACGUUUAUCUUGGUAUGAACUUCAAAACUCCUGGUUCUGCGUCCUGCGAGUGGUUAACAGUGCUCGUGAAACUUCCCGGUGAAACGAGAGAGAAAGUGGAACUUUCGGUUGAAUCCGAUUUCGUCGACAUCCGCAGUCCCAAAUACAGAUUACAUUUGUCAACACCUCAUCCCGUUGAUCCGAACGCUUCGUCGGCGAAAUGGAACGUCGAUCAUUCGACGUUGGAAAUCACACUUAGAAUGACGCGCGAAUUAGAUGCCAUCAAUUUUUGAAGACGCAGGCAAAAUAAUUUUACGAAACAAUAAUGAACGGUCAAAAGUGAACUCAAAAGUGAAAUGUCAAAAAUGUUCCAAAAAUGUUUCAAAACUUCUCAGUCGAUCCUAAACGCCUUUCUCCGCCUUUCAACAAAGUUUUGCUGAAUACCCCAGUGCACGAAAAAUCUGCGAGUUUAGAAACAUAUCGUCAUUGAAAAUUCUCAUGGGACUUAUCGUCGAAAUGAAAUUUUCUGAAAUUUCCUUUGAAUCAUUUUGAAAAAAGAUAGAAGCUUGCCAUCGAUACACUGAUCAAUUUAUUCCGAGCAAUGGCGGGGGAUUUUCGUAGACAGAAAGACCGAUAAAAUGUUGAUAAAAAUGGUGGAUUGUUUUCACUUCCGCAAAAUUAAUUGACCGAUUGAUUUGUUGGUUAUGGAUGGAAUAUUUACAGUUAAACGAUAUUAAACUGCUUCGUAAGCUAAAAUUCAUAUUUAUGUAAUAUUAUCAGAGGUUUUCGCGGUGAUAAAUAUACGAUAUUAAAUUUCGGUCGAAACUUAUGCAUGAAACAACACACAGUGGUGGCACGGUGUGAAUUUAUGAAUGCUUUUGAACCUUCGAGAGCAGAAAACCUGCCUUGUUGCGGAUCUCCAGCGCUGGUUUUAAUUAAACGCGACACGGCGACGGCUAAUUAAUGAACGUGUUUUCUCCCUUUUCGGACUCGUGUGUGUACGUUCAGGAUAAAACACGUGUGAAGAGGUUCGAGGACGUAAUUUACAACGAUUCGAAAACUAAAAACCAUACCCCGUUAUUAAGCUAGUUUUUUUUUUAACAUUUGAUGUUAUUGAAAUUAUUUGACCUCGUUGAAACUUUGAAAUUCUCGACCAAAUACGUUCUACCGUUCAAACAUUGAAGGAGUUUUUCGAUUGUCGAUAAAACGUUUUUUUCAACAAUUUGGGUUUUUUUUGUUACCGAAUGCAAUUUAUGAAUAGUUUUGUGUAGGUGAAUCAUAAUCCUAACAGGACUGAGCGUUGAUUUUAUGGUUCAAUGAUUUUUCCUCGAACCAUAUCGGGCGUAACGAAACAUUAGUGGAAUUCGAGUAAUUCCACGAAUGUUCAUUGUGAAAAUUAAAAAAAAAAAAAUAAAAAAACGGAUCUGGUUCUCAUUUUGAAUUGUAAAAAAAACGUUCGUCUUUUCAAUGCGAUCGAUUUUUUCAAAUUAUCAUUUGCCAUCGCAGCGAAACAGAAUUCUUACUUAUCACAUUCUGUCUUUGAAUGGCACCACGGUCUUACAUACAGGUCUUGAAACGUAGCCAGUUUUCUAUAGGACGGCGUGGUUCUCUUAUUGUCCGCGUAUUAAAUGUUUGAUAUGGUCGUGGCGUGGCGCUGCAAUCUAGGGAUGUACGUAGGUAGGGAUGAAAACGUACAACCUAUUUUUAAACAAUUAUCUAACCUAAAAUCACUAAAAGCAGCGAGUGCGUUAUAUGGUCAUACCAGUACGACAAAUAAAUUCCCUACUUUUAUAUUAUAUUGAAUUUCUAUAAUUCUUAGUGCUUAUCGUGAGACGUUUGAAGUGAAAAAAAACGAAAAUGGUUAAACCAUGUGCGGUCCCGCGGUGGAGAUUUUAUCGUAUAUACGCGAUUGUUUAUUACAUUCCUUUGCGUAUGAGGCAAAAUGUUCUUCAAGAGAACAGAAAGUUACAACCAAAAUUUGUAGUAAAAAAAAUGUCCAAAUUGGUGAACCAAUAAAAAUAACGCCGUAUUUCUUCAAACUA